CUUUCUCUAUCUGUGCUGAACAAAAUAGAGUAGUACUUGGUAAAAACUUUCCAAAAUCCAAACCAAAGAAAGCUACAUCAAACUCCCUUGUCCUGACCCUUUCUCUGUCUUCCCCCCCUUCUUCUUCUCUCUCUCUAGAACUAUAAUCGAUUCUUUAAGGCAUUUUGCUUGUUGAAAUCCGGUCAUGAAUUCGCCUCUCCCUGCAAUACCCUCCCUUCAUCCCCUCAAUUUCUUGACCUGAUCUGCAAAGUCUAGGCGAGUUACUGAAUUUUUAUAGUGCUAGCAAGGUGAAUUUGUAAGAGGAUCUUCUUGAGUACUUUCUUUUUUGAGCAAAUGGCUUCUGUAAGUGUUGUCCCUGCCUCUGGAUUGCGAGAUACACUUGGAAACACAACCGGUGUUGAUAAGUUGCCUGAAGAGAUGAAUGACAUGAAAAUUAGUGAUGACAAGGAAAUGGAAGCAGCUGUGGUUGAUGGUAAUGGAACCGAGACAGGUCAUAUAAUCGUCACGACUAUUGGUGGCAAAAAUGGCCAGCCAAAGCAGACAAUAAGCUAUAUGGCUGAGCGUGUUGUUGGGCAUGGAUCUUUUGGACUAGUAUUCCAGGCGAAAUGUUUAGAGACUGGUGAAACUGUUGCUAUUAAAAAGGUUCUGCAAGAUAAAAGGUACAAGAACCGGGAGCUGCAAACCAUGCGUCUGCUAGACCACCCUAAUGUAGUGUCUUUGAAACACUGUUUCUUCUCAACAACUGAAAAAGAUGAACUCUAUCUUAACCUGGUACUUGAGUAUGUCCCUGAGACCAUCCAUCGUGUAAUCAAACACUACUAUAAGAUGAGUCAAAGGAUGCCUUUGAUAUAUGUCAAACUUUACUUUUAUCAGAUUUGUAGAGCUCUUGCUUACAUUCACAAUAGUAUUGGAGUGUGCCAUAGAGACAUCAAGCCUCAAAAUUUAUUGGUGAACCCACAUACGCACCAAGUGAAACUAUGUGACUUUGGAAGUGCAAAAGUUUUGGUUAAAGGCGAACCAAACAUAUCUUACAUAUGUUCUAGGUACUAUCGAGCACCUGAACUUAUUUUUGGUGCCACUGAGUACACCACUGCCAUUGACAUCUGGUCUGCGGGAUGUGUUCUGGCUGAAUUACUGCUUGGACAGCCUCUCUUUCCGGGUGAGAGCGGAGUAGACCAGCUGGUUGAAAUUAUAAAGGUUUUGGGUACCCCAACAAGGGAGGAAAUUAAGUGCAUGAAUCCUAAUUACACAGAGUUCAAAUUUCCUCAAAUUAAAGCUCACCCAUGGCACAAGAUAUUCCACAAGCGCAUGCCUCCUGAAGCUGUGGACCUUGUCUCAAGACUAUUACAGUACUCUCCAAACCUCCGAAGCACAGCUCUGGAGGCUUUGAUCCACCCCUUCUUUGAUGAGCUGCGUGAUCCUAAUGCCCGUUUACCUAAUGGACGCAUCCUUCCACCACUGUUCAACUUUAAGCCUCAUGAGCUGAAAGGAGUGCCAGUUGAGAUGCUUGUCAAGCUGAUCCCAGAGCAUGCAAGAAAGCAGUGUGCCUUCCUUGGGUUGUGAUGCUGUCCUCUCUGGCGGUAUGCUCCUUGCAGAAAAUGGUGCUCCACUGUAGAGAAGUAGCUAGUGGUCUGUUUAAUGUGGAACCAUAUGCAAGCUGUGUUAUUUGUUAUGCAUCCCCAGUUCAUUUAUUCCAUUUUUAUAAUUAUUUUGAAGUUUAUGUUCAUCUUCUAUCUGUGUAGAGAGCAGGUAAAGAAGGCUCUGCGUAGCAUGUUAUUAAGACCUCCUGGCAUUACUGACCCUUAAUCUUUAAGUGAAAGACAAGUUGCAACUUGUGUAAUUUUCUUGGCUACAAUUCGAUCCCGAGGAUUACAUUGGAAGAAGGUUUAUGUU